CCAGCCCCAGCGGCAGAGUCCCAGCAUGCUCCAGCUCUCUUUCUUCUCCAUGCACGGAUUUCACACAACCCGAAUUGACGGGGAGGGUUGUUUUCCUUGCUGUUGGUUGUGCUGAAGGUGGACGUUGGGCCAAGGGCAGCCUCAGGGCAGUCUGUGUUAAUUCCAGAAGUCCAGCCUGUCACAAUCCUCCCCGCAGGGACAAACUUCUGUGCCAAGGGCCAUGAAGACCGGCUGAAUCUCCCCAACUCCGUUGAAGACUCAUGGGAAGCAUUUGAUUUCAGACCCAGAACACCAGGGGAUGGAGGCCUCACGGUGGUGGCUGCUGGUCCCUGCACUCACGGCUGUGGUUCAUUGUCCGGCCCUGGUUAACCAAGAAGAUUCUGAUCCCAUCGACCCCAGCCCUCUGGACAGCCCUGCCAGGCCUGCCCUGCCCUGCCACAAACUUUCCGUGAACAACAUCGACUUUGCCUUCAACCUCUACAGACAGUUGGCUUUGGAGGCCCCCGGAGAGAACAUUCUGUUCUCCCCAGCGAGCGUCUCCCUGGCCUUGGCUAUGCUCCUCUUUGGAGCCCCAGCAGCCAGCAGAGCCCAACUCCUGGAGGGCCUGGGGUUCAACCUCACCAUGGUGUCCGAGGCUGAGAUCCAGGAGGGUUUCCAAGACCUGCUGCUCAGGCUCCCUGUGCAGGACCCCUGGCUCCUCCUGACUGUGGGCCAGCGCUGGUUCAACAGUCUGGGCCUGGGGGCCAUCCAGGACCCAGUGGGGGCCCAGAAAUGCAUCCAUGAGUAUAUAGAGAAGCAGACUCAGGGGAAACUUGGGGCAUGGGUGGAGUUGCUGAGAAAUGAAACUGCAGCGGUCCUGGUGAAUCACAUGCUCCUCAGAGCUGGGUGGGCGCGACCCUUUGACCCAGGCGCCACCAGCCUGAAGGACUUCUUUGUGGAUGAGCACAGGGCCGUGCAGGUGCCCAUGAUGAAGCAGAAGGCCCGGCACCGCUUCCUGCACGACCCCGAGCUGCAGUGCACCGUGCUGCAGAUGGACCACGCCGGGAACGCCACCACCUUCUUCAUCUUCCCCAACCGGGGCAAGCUGGCGCAGCUGGAAGACGCCCUGCUGCCCGAAACACUGAUCAAGUGGGACAGCUUGCUCAGGACCAGAGAACUCGAUUUCCAUUUCCCCAAAUUUUCCAUUUCCAGCACGUCCAAGCUGGAGCUGGUCCUCCCACGAGUGAUUGUGUGGGGAGAUCUCCCUGGGCAGCUGGGACGGAACAUCUCUAAGAUCACUCACAGGGCUGCGAUGACUCUGGAUGAGGAGGGCUCAGAGGCCGCUGCUGCCACCAGCAUCCAGCUCACUCCCAGGCCUCACCCCGAACUUAACCCCUCACCCCCUCCUGGCACUGAGUUCAACAGGCCCUUCCUGGUGAUGACUUUCCACACCGAAACAGGAAGCAUGCUUUUCCUGGGGAAGAUUGUAAACCCGCUGGGGUAAUGCUCCCUCAGACAUGCUGGGCAACCCCAUGAGAACAAAGUAGGGGGCCACUCUGGGUCCCCUAUUCUGGGGACUGUGUCAGCAUGGUGUGGCCCUGGAUAUAUCCCCGGGCUACCCAGGAUUACGUCUCUUCAUCUAGAAAUGAAAUGGGAAAUAUUUUGAAGCGGGGAUGGUGGCAGCUCCUCUUGUACAAGCUUUAUGCAGCCAUGAAAUAACCGCUGACCCACGUGCCAGGAGCUUCUGUGGCGGAAUCAGGUUUCAGAUAUCGCAUAUACCCCGUUUUUUUGUGUGUGAUUUUCCUGGGGGCCUAUGGGGUGAGGGUAGUCAGGGGGGAACCAAGGUGGUGCCGUGGAGUGAAUAUCUAGGUGCUUUAUAUAUUUUAUCUCAUUUUGAAAUUAAUUCCCACAACAACCCAACAUGGUAAGUAUUACGUUGAACCAUAUGAAAUUGAUUAUGUUUGGCCUUCUUUUUUUCACCCACAAAAAAGGGCAACUUCAUAUGGUUCCACCUAACGUUAUUUCUCCCUUGUCACGGCUGAGGCUCAGAACUAACGACACAUGUGAAAGGUCACUCAGUAAGUAACAUAGCUGGGAUUCAGGUGUGUUUUAUUUCAAAGCCUAGACUCUUUUCCUCCUCAUCCAUUUUGCUAACUCGGUGAUUCUCAGACUUGUUUGUGUGUACAUAUGCCCUGGCAUCUGGUUAAAAGGCAGAUCGCAAUUCAGUAGUGCGGGGCCUGAGGUCCAGCUGAGGCUGCUGGUUGGGUCACCACCGUCGGAGCAGCUGGUACGAAAUGCUCCCGUCUCCAGGACCCAAGGAGGGUUUGAGUUGGUGUGCUCAGCCGUCAGAGGAGUACUGCUGGCCCCUGAGUGCAUUCGUGGGGUGGAGCGCAAUUUGGGCAACAUCUUUUUGAAGACCGUAGACAAACUUUGCUUCAGGGUCACCUAUGAAUGAGCAUCUGAGAGAAAAGAAAUGUCCUCAGUGAAGGCUUUUCGCCCAUUCUAGGCGUCUCAUGGGGUCUCAUGGGGGCUUGUAACUGUCUGUGGCCUGUGGUCCCUGUCAGUCUUCACCGGCUCCUGUCCCUGCGUCUUCACCGGCACAGAAGGGAGUCACACAGGCUUUGGAUCCAGAUACUCCCAAGACCAAAUCUUGCCCUCAACUCUCUCUAAAUGCCCACCUGAAACAGUCACGCAGAUGGCAGGCAGACACAAAGGCCAUGUGGAAUGCUAGACAAGGGGCAUGUAACGGGUGAUCCCAUCUAAAUUCAUUUUACAUUUACUGCCAGGGAUAAAACUGCCUGGUUUGUUUUUCUCUUCUUAAGAGAGAAGAUGUCCACAAGCACCAAUGCAUCAGGAAAGUUAGCUUCCAAAGAAGGGGGAGUCUUGGAGUCACAGAGUAUCCCCUGAAAAAGAGGGGUGAGCAGCCCCAAAGUACUGGAACAUGAUGUGUUUUAACUUUUGUUUUUGAGAGUUGACCAUCGGGGAACCCCAACUCAAAUGCCUACGGGCCAGGUGGGCAGUAAGCCAGGAUUAGGGGAAAAACAACAGCACAAGUCCAGUAGCAGAAGUCGGCGGACUUUGGUAUUGGGGAAGCAUAAGGAAUGGUGGGGACUGCGGUAAACUGGAGAGUGGGGCCUCAUCUAAAGGAACCAUCCAGUGGUGAACUGCCUGCAACAGUGGCUUCGACAAGACAGAAAUUUAAAUUUUGACCUCACAUAAAAAUGUGAGUGGGCAUGGUGGUUCUACCUCACCCCGUCAUUGAGGAACCAGGCUUCUUCUAAAUUGUGGGCCUGCCCUCUCUAGGGUGUUGUCUUUUACUGGAAGUUUGGAGGCCACCUUUCAGCAUCUUCACCUUCCAGCCAACAGGACAGGGGCAAGGGAAAAGGAAGGGCAAACCUACUCCUUUUACAGGUACAACACUUGAAUUGCACAUGUCUUUUCAGCUUAUAUCCUAUUGGCCAGAACCUAGUCACAUAAUGCACCAACCUGCAAGAGAGGAAGAGAGAUGUCGUUUCUCUUGGGUGACCAUGUGUCUACCCCAAAAUUGGGGGUUCUCUUACUUUAGCAGAAAAGAUGAUUGGCUAUGGGGGACCCUCUGCCUAAGCUCCUGCCAACCUCGGUUGGACAUUGCCUUGUAGAAAGGUAUCCUAGGGUCCCAGGGUUGCUGGUAUUUCAAGUUUUAAGAGAAACUAAAAAGCCAGGUUUUUAUGUGAAAAUGUUUCCAUUUUUGCAUGUUGACAGUGAAUUCAAUUUAAAAAAAGUUCCUAGCAGCCAACAGCGUGUAGAGUAAAUGAAGCAUGUGAUGGGUCCGGAAGGCAGCUGAGAAGAGUGAAGGGAGUUGUGCAGGCUCCCGAAGCCUGGCGCUAGGAACUCAGUUAAAACCCAGCCCCGGGGUAUGACUCAUUCUUUAGACUCUUUUUGUCAAUAGAGCCAAUUUAUAUGAAGAUCAUUAUUACAAUGACAACGUCAGUGAUCUUGCUGAAAUGAAAACAAAAACAAAUGUUCUGGAAAAUAUAUAAAGAUUUGUGACUUAUAGAUGUGUGUAGUUUAUUUUUCGUGUAAACAUUAUUGGCCCCAUGAACAGACACCCCAACCCAUGCAAUGAGAAUUAA